AUUUUCAGUAGAUGGCAACAGCGUGAUCGCAAGCUGGAAACAAAGCGAUGAAAUUUAUUUAUUUAUAAUUAUAAAUCAUGCAAUGCAAUGUCUAAAAGAACUUCAGUUUAGGUAGUGGUAUUGCAAUUUUUAAAAUUUGAUCUUAAAGAAGAGAUUAAUUUUAAAUAAAAAUUUUAUCUUUAAUAGAAUUUUAUAAGAUUUACAAGGUCGUUAAGCUCCAUUAUAAAAAUUUUUUUUUUAAUUUCCACGAAGAAUAAGUCCGUUUCUCGUCGUCUGUUGAAAGAAUUGUUACAUAUUCGAAUGUUUAAAUGGAUCUCAAUAAUCCAUGAAGAACAAUGAAUUCAUGAUUUUCCCAUUAGAAUAAAUUAGAAUUUUGUGUAUCUACAUUUUUAUAAACUGAUCAAUGGCGCAACAGCCUUCAAGCAGUGCUUUAAGAGCCUUGGCGUUGGAGUUCAAAAGCUUACAGGAAGAACCCGUUGAAGGCUUUAGAGUGAAAUUAGCGAAUGACGAUAAUCUUAUGGAAUGGGAAGUAGCUCUCUUUGGCCCCCCUGAAACACUUUAUGAAGGAGGAUAUUUUAAAGCUCAUGUAAAAUUUCCACAUGAUUAUCCAUAUUCUCCUCCUUCUGUUCGUUUUCUUUCUAAAGUAUGGCAUCCUAAUGUGUAUGAGAAUGGAGAUUUAUGCAUAUCCAUCCUGCAUCCUCCUGUUGAUGACCCACAGAGUGGUGAGUUGCCUUGUGAACGUUGGAAUCCUACACAGAAUGUCAGGACAGUUCUACUCAGUGUGAUCUCUUUAUUAAAUGAGCCGAACACUUUCUCUCCCGCUAAUGUAGAUGCUUCAGUAAUGUAUCGUCGCUGGAAGGAAUCCAAGGGUAAACAUAAAGAAUAUGAGAAUAUUAUAAGAAAACAAGUGUUGGCCACGAGAAGUGAGGCUGAAAAGGAUAAUGUGACUGUUCCCACCACCCGAGAGGAGUAUUGCAUUAAAUAUAGUGCUAAGCCAAAAGAACAAGAAGCUGAUAUGACUGAUUUUUAUGAUGAUGACUAUGGUGAUGAUAUGGAUGAUGAUGAAGAUGAAGAAGAAGAUGAUGAUGAUAACCUGCCUGAAGAUAAUGAGGACUCUGGAAAUGACAACUCAUGAUUGAUGCUCCUAUGAACUCUUUUUUGGUGAAACAUUUUUACAAAGCUCUAUCAUGCUUAAUUGAGUUUUGUUGAUGGAAGUAUAAAUAAAAAUUCACUUAUAUUUCGACUAA